GCAGAACCUGGAGGACUCACCUACCUUCACCUUCACGAACGAUUGACAGCUGACUGCACGAUCCUGUAUAUAGCAUUAAGGUUUCCUAACAAGGUCAAGAAGUCAUGCUUCACAUCAUCAUCUUCCUCACGUUUUGCCUUUGCUUCGUGGAGAGUCAGUUCCCCAGAGUCUGCACAACUGAAGCUGCUUUUCGCACCAAGACUUGUUGUCCACUUUGGAAGGAUAAAAGCCCAUGUGGUUCCCUGUUAGGUCGUGGGAGAUGCCGAAGCUGGACAGCCAAAAAAACAAUCCCCCAGUAUAAUGACGAUCGACUAGACUGGCCAAGACACUAUUAUGAGAACACUUGUGAGUGCUUUGGGAACUAUAGUGGCUUUGAUUGUGGUGACUGCAGAUUUGGCCACCAUGGUGAGAAGUGUGAGAGAAAGAAGGUCAUCAUAAGGAGAGAGAUCCGCGAGCUGUCACUCCUAGAACAAAAAAGAUUAUUCAGCUACCUGGCCUUGGCCAAGACCACGAAAAGUCAAGAUUUUGUUGUCCUGAGCACAGGAGACCGACACCAUCGUGAGACUUACCGCUUUGUAGACGCGUCUCUCUAUGAUGUCUUUGUUUGGAUGCACUAUUACUCCAUGAAGGCUCUCAUGAUAAAUAGCACAUUCAUCCCUGAUAAGAACUUUGCUCACCAGGGCCCUGCAUUUCCCGGAUGGCACCGCCUAAAUCUCUUAUUUCUGGAAAGGCAAAUCCAGCUCAUGACAAGAGAUGAAGAUUUUGCCAUCCCGUACUAUGACUGGCGGGGGGACAAAAACUGCUCCAUCUGUACUGAUGAACUUUUGGGAACAAAUGAUGACCAAGGAGUGAUCAAUCCGUACUCCCACUUUUCGUUUUGGAAGGCAAUUUGCAGCGGGUUCAAUUUCCCAGAUGAAUAUUGUCCAUUGGCAGACUCUGAGCACAAGAUGGAAAGACUGCAUAGGAAACCUGGGACCACACCAUAUGCCACCAACUUGCCCACAUUCCUGGAUGUGGAGAACAUACUGAAGCUUGAGAACUUUGACACUCCACCUUAUAAUGAGACAUCUUUAUACAGCUUCAGAAACGCCCUGGAAGGUUUCCUCUCUCCAGAUGGAGUGACAUUACGAAGAAGCAUGCACAACUUGGUCCACAUCUAUCUGGGGGGCACCAUGUCUCAGAUUCCAAUCUCCAGCAAUGACCCCAUAUUUCUGUUUCAUCAUAGUUUUGUUGACAAGAUUUUUGAAUCAUGGAUGGCCCGGUACAAGGCUUUGCCUCUCAAUUAUCCUGAGAACGACCAGAUUGGACAAGGACCAGAUGAUUGUGCAACCCCUUUCUUCCCCUGUUACAAGAACAAGGAGCUUAUCCUCAGAUCGGCUGAGUUUGGUUAUGAGUUCUCCUCUUACCCGUGAGGAUCUCGUCAGAGGUUUCGGCAGCUCGGUUCUUCAUGGUUUUUGGGGACUGAUUUUGUCAUGAAUAUAAGUAUCUGUUAUCUGUAUUAUCUGCUUGAUGGGUUUCCAUGGGGUGGCUCAUCCACUCGGGGCACCAGUUUGAUGGGAGUAUCUCUGCUGUGAUCACUGACUGUGAUGUAGAUGAUGGAAUGAAGUCAUCAAAUCUCCAGACCUUGUUUGUACGGAUUUCAUUGCUAACAUCACAGGGCGUUCUGGAAUUUGGCCAUUUUCCAUAAACUUCUUCAACUUGAGAAAUAUGUAAAAACACCAUAAGGUGACACCAGCCGAGUGCAAAAACGUGGCGCUAGUAACAAUAACAAGAGGCAGCACAU